AUGGCUGAUCAAAUUGCAGAAAACAACAUGAACUUUCGCAUCAUCGACGUCAACAACAACGUCGCCGAUAAUAAUGCUGGCCUCAACAACGCUGGUACUGCCGGCCACAACGUGGUCCCCACCGCUAAUAUGCCUGGUCCCUCAGAUUAUAGAGACGGAGCAACUGCCUCGUCAUCAUCGAUACCUCAACGACUUGAAGACGAUCGGUCACCUCCCCAACACUAUCAACCCAUCCAGUUCCACGAGGUCUCCGUUUUCGCCGGAGCAGACACCACGAUCAGGGCACUGUUUGCGGCGAUAAAUCAGAUCAACUACCCGAUCUUUGCUCAAGGAGAGAGAUUGAGGGUGCUCGAGGAUGCUCGGAGAGCCCCCAGAAGACACAUGAGACCUCAGUCUCCUCUUCCUCGCCAAGAAGAGGAACGUCCCCGAUCUCCCCCGCGGAGACAUAGUCAGGACAUAUCUCGAAGUCCUUCUCCCCGAUCAGUCGGGCGACGCCCCGCAUUGGAAAGGGCCCAGCCCGUUGACCCAAGGAGAUGCGACCACGUCCCCUCGCGUCAAGAACGAAGACCCCCUGGAGACAGGAAUUGGGGAAACAAUGAACGACCAUAUCGCCCGAGGAACGCUCCGCGCGACCAGGGCCACCAUGACCGCCAGCACAUCAGAUCCCCUUCUCGCUCGCCGGACAGGAGUGACGAAGACGACCCCCGCAGUCCCUUGUCACAAGCCAUCAUAGAGGCAUCCAUCCCCCCGGGGAUGGAAAAGCCCCCCACCUAA